GUUAAUCUGAAAGCAGAUGGUGAGCGAGCCUCACGCGAGGUUAAAUUAUUGCUAUUGGGAGCCGGAGAAUCUGGUAAAAGCACAAUCGUAAAACAAAUGAAAAUAAUUCAUGAAACCGGAUAUAGUGACGAGGAGCGUAAAGCAUAUAGACCUGUGGUAUAUUCGAAUACAAUACAAAGUAUGAUGGCGAUUAUUCGAGCUAUGGGUGAAGAUGCACGACAAUUUUUUUUGCUUGCUCAAAGCUGUGAUGAAGGUGAAUUGCCGCCGGAAUUAGCUGUUUGUAUGAAACGCUUAUGGGCUGAUUCUGGUGUUCAAGAAUGUUUCAUGCGAUCAAGAGAAUAUCAGCUGAAUGAUUCCGCUCCAUAUUAUCUGAAUUAUCUAGAUAGGAUAUCUCAACCAGGGUAUGUUCCAACUCAGGACGAUGUACUUCGUACUCGUGUUAAAACCACCGGCAUUGUUGAAACUCAUUUCACUUAUAAGGAUUUAAUGUUCGAUGUUGGUGGACAACGCUCUGAACGAAAAAAGUGGAUCCACUGUUUUGAAGGAGUAACCGCAAUCAUUUUUUGCGUUGCUAUGUCUGAAUAUGAUAUGCGAUUAGCUGAAGACGAUGAAAUGACAUUCUUUAAAAUUCUCCUUUUAUUCCAAAUCUUUUUUAAUCGCAUGGUUGAAAGCAUGAAAUUAUUUGAUUCAAUAUGUAAUAAUAAAUGGUUCACGGAUACGUCGAUAAUUUUAUUUCUUAACAAAAAAGAUUUGUUUGAGGAGAAAAUACGAAAAUCACCAUUGACACUUUGUUUUCCGGAGUAUAGCGGUACCAAUACUUAUGAAGAAGCUGCAGCUUAUAUCCAGUUACAAUUCGAAAAUUUAAAUAAACGGAAAGAUGGUCAAAAGGAAAUUUAUUCUCAUUUCACCUGCGCCACCGAUACGAAUAAUAUUCGAUUUGUUUUUGAUGCAGUAACUGACAUUAUUAUCAAAGAAAAUUUGCGACAGUGUGGUCUUUUUUAG